AUGGACUCCUCCUCGUCGCCCAGUCCACCGCCGCAAGGGCAGCCUCCACUGGAGAGAGACCAUGUCAACCUGCGCGUCACGUACCUCGUUACAGGAAACCCACGGCCUCCUCAUUCCCUGGGAAGUGUGCAUCUGAAUACCACCAUCGCUGAGUUGAGGACGAAGAUCCAGUCCGAGCUGCCAGAGCAUCCUGCCCCUACUGAGCAAAGGCUCAUCUACCAGGGCCGCCCUCUGCUUAGAAACGAAGUCACCCUGCGGGAUGUGCUGAGAAUCGAGCCUGGACAAGAAGCUGGUCCGCUUCCGUUUACCAUCCACAUCGUAAUACAAAGCCCUCAGCCUGCUCCUCAACCACCUCCUCCGGCGCCUCUUCCUGCGAUGCAUCCAAAUCAACACCAGCAUCCACAUGCAGAUGUUACCAACCCUUUUCGAGCGGCCGAGCACUCCGCAAACAGACUGCAAGAGUCGCUUGUCCGGAUCCAAGAACAGAUCGAGGCGAACCGAGCAGAUCUAAGAUCGGUGCAACAGAGAAUAGCUCUGCAACACACAAAUCUGGGUGGUCCUCCCAUGGCUGCUCAUGUCCAUGUGAACGGUCAGCCACUGCCCAAUAUCUUACCGCCUGGAUUCCCCGUGAGCCUUCCCUUCGGACUGCCGUUGGAGCCGCCGCCACAAAUGCAACGACCUCCCACUCGGACACCGCAUCAUCCUCGACAGCCUUCAAAUACACCUCCAGGACAGCAUCCUGCGACCGGUGGCACCUCGACGCCGAAUCCCGCGCAGCAGAACGGCCCCGGACCAUAUCCGCAACGUGUGACCGUGGUUACCGAAACAGUGAGUAUCCAAAAUCAAGCCCACCGUCCAUCCUCUGCGCCCGGACAGCGCCCUCCGAUGCCAUCCCAGCAACGAGGAAAUGUCCCGUCCCACACGCCACAGGCCGACAGCUCGACGGCCGCGCCAGUCUUGCCGCCUCCCGGCUGGAAUUAUUCGACUUCAACGACGUUACCGCCUCUUCCUAUCCCGCGACCCUUUGCGCAGCCCCUUGUGACCACUCUACACCCUUCGACCGCUACAGCGUGGCUGAUGUCCUCGCCCAGUGGGCCAAGAGCGUUGCUCUUUGCCCCGGGUCACGGCUACUUUUCUUCCGUAUCCCCUGUGGCGGCCCAACCACAGCAGGCUGGUGGCGCGCCAAACUCUGAGACGCGAACGAGCAAUACGAACUCAAUGCCUGUCCCUGGGCCGAAUCAGGCGGGCGAUCUGGAGCAACGAGGUGCGGAUCGCGCAGUGGUCAGAGCCGACCAGUUUCAGCCUGCAGCAGCACUGGCACAAGCACAGCAAAACGGGCCAGAAAAUGACCUGUUCGCGUUCUUUAUCAAUCGCGGAUGGCUGUUCCUGAGGCUUUACUUGUUCAUGUUCGUCUUCUCCGAGCCAGGAACGUGGAAACGAUGGCUCAUGAUCAUUCUGGCCGCGAUCGUCUGUCUCCAGCCCCGCGAUGGCCCGCUCACUCGCUUGUUGAGGGCGGCUCGGCGACACUUUGACGCCCUUGUCGGUCCACCCCCACGGCCUGGAGCUGUAGCUCAACAGCGUGCUGAUGCGGCAGGUCAACCCCUUCUUGCUGGUGCUCGGAACGACGCUCCUGCGCAAAGACCGGCAAAUGUUCGUGGCGCCGUCCAGAUGACCCCGGAAGAGGCAGCAGCACGAAUCAUAGCAGGGCGACAGAACAACCAAGACCGCCCGCCACGUUUCUGGAGAGACAUGUUCUACCGCGUUGAGCAGAGUAUGGCUCUAUUUCUAGCCAGUCUGAUCCCAGGCGUGGGUGAGCGCCAUGUCCGAGCAAGAGAAGAGCAACGACGGGAAGAGGAAAGAAGGCGCGCCGAGGCGGCGGCGGCGGCGGCGGCAGCAGCAGCAGCGGAGAACCAGAAUCUGCCACAGGAAGAAACACAAGUCAAUGGGCCAGAUAGGCAAUCUGCAGUAGACAAAUCGGAGGUCAAUCCUUCUGGGAACGGAGAGCAGAGUACCUCGAGUUCUGUCCAAGCCAGGCAGGAAGCAGGUGCUGGAGAGCUGCGCAAUAGGACGUAA